AUGAUUGAACAUAUUCGCAGCAAGUUGCAACAGUGGUUUCAUGACCGACGUGAAGAAUCCCAAAAUUGCAUGAGUGUACUAGCUCCGGCACAAGAAGAUCGACUAUUCAAAACUCUGGAAGUGGCAAAAGCUCUAUUUGUGGAACCACUAGAUCAAUUUCACUUCUCCAUGAGAUGCGGGCGUAAUGUUGGAUACAUUGUAGAAUUGAAUGACAAUACCUGCACGUGUAGAAAAUUUCAGUUGGAAAGUUUUCCAUGUGCACAUGCUGUCGCAGUGGCUAUGUAUAGAGGAUUUCCACCACACAGCUUGUGCAGUCAUUAUAUGACUGAUUUUUGGAGAGCAGCGUAUGCCGAAACUAUAUUUCCUCUACCAAAUGAAGUCGAGUG